AUGCAAUACAUUGUUUCUAAUCUAGAACUAAUCAAUCAACAGUGUCCAAAUAUUGUUAAAGUAUACAAGUAUUCUUGUAUUAAGAAUGAGGAAUCUUUUGAUAUCAAGGCAGCCCUGUACUCACUUAUGAUUUGCAGAUUGAAACAAGAUAAUAUUGUUCAACAGAACAGCACUACUGUAUUUGAACAAGAAUAUUUACCAAGCACAUAUGAAGUAUAUAUAACUCAACAAGAGUUAUUACAAGAAUUGAAUUUGAAACCAAUUUCAUCGCAAAUAACCAACUGCAAUCUUGACUUUGAAAAAAAUACUACAACAAAAGUUCUAUUAAUUGUCAAAUGGAUUGGACAUUGCAUGAAAAUUCUGACUCAAUUACAUGAAGUACUUGAUGUUAUGCAUGGAAACAUUUCUUUAGGAAACGUUAUGACACGAACUUAUCCUCAUCCAAAAGAAAAACUUGAUUCAACCAUAUUGAAUACGCUUUCACUUGAUGAAGCUAAGAUCCUUAAACCAGUUGUUUGCCGAGAGCUAGUGGUUACAGACUUGAAUAAUUCAUAUUUACUGGAACACAAACUUGAAGGUGAUGAUGUAAGAGAUAUCUCAGAACACAAUCAAUUUGUUAUUGUUGCUCAAUAUCCUUACUCUCACAUUCAACAACGAAUCUUGCAACGAGUCCAAGGUGAUAUUUAUUCCAUGGCUAUAUUCAUUGCGAAACUUGUGAAAGAGAUUUUAUUUAAUGAUGAACAUUUUCUCGAUCCAAAUGUCACACAUGAUUACAAAUCGUUCACAGCAUACAGGUGUGCUGUGUUGGAAUUUUUCAAAACAUUAUCUAUAUAUACCGAAAACGACAAUAUUACAAUCAAAUCCACUCAAUUGAACCAUACAUUCUUUUCUGGACUAUUUUCACUAUUGGAUUACAUGUUGAAUGAAUCUGUCAUGCCAUCAAAAUCAAAAACAAUUUAUGAAAGCGAUAUUUUGGAGCCCGUGUUGAAAUUAGUCAAGGAAUAA